GCCUGCCGCGGAGGUGGCUCCGGCGCUCCUCACACAGUCACACUCCGCGCACUCACAUACUUGGAAGCGCCUCCCCACGUCCCUCCCCUGCCCUCCUCUUGCUCUGCUCUCCUCUCUCUCACCACAAAUAGUCGCCGACCGACUGCCAAUCCGUGUCUCUCUCUCUCUCCUCUCUCUCAACAACAUGACUGACUGGGAAGCGGUGGCUCAGGCAGAGCAGCUCUGCUGGCGCAGGCAGCAGCAGGAGGAGGAUUAUUAAAAAACGCAGCUCGACUCUGUGCAACUGGGAGUGGAGAAAAGGAGCCCAACAGCUGAGAAGGGGAGGGAGGGCAGAGGAGGGGACCAGGAAGGACACCCCCGUGCCCCGAAGACAUACAUUUCUGAGUGCCCGGGAGGAGCCUUAACAAGCGGCGCGGAGCCCUUCAAGGCUGCUAAGUUGGCUCUCACAGUGCAAGCCUUGGAGUCCCAAUGGGGGACUCAGGAUCAAGACGAUCUACCCUGGUCUCCCGGUUGCCAAUAUUCAGAAAAAGUAUUAGCAGAAGACAUGAUUCUCUUCCUUCCUCACCCUCCUCCAGUAAUACGGUUGGUGUCCACAGUUCCUCUCCUUCUAGCACUAACUCAAGCUCAGGUAGCACAGGUAAACGCAGGAGCAUAUUCCGUACUCCUUCCAUUAGUUUCCACCAUAAGAAGGGGAGUGAACCUAAGCAAGACUCUACCAACCAGAACCUUAGUAUUUCAAAUGGUGCUCAAUCUGGUCAUAGCAGUAUGCCAAAACUGAGUUUGGAAGAACAUAUUAAAACCAGGGGAAGACAUUCUGUUGGUUUUAGCAGUUCACGGAAUAAGAAGAUAACAAGAUCUUUAACAGAAGAUUUUGAAAGGGAAAAGGAGCACUCAACUAAUAAGAAUGUUUUUAUAAAUUGCCUAAGUUCUGGCAAAAGUGAGGGGGAUGAUUCUGGAUUCACAGAGGAACAAACUCGCCGUUCUGUUAGGCAGUCAACAAAGAAGCUACUUACUAAAUCCUUUUCAUCUCAUUAUAAGUUUUCUAAAGCAGUUCCACAGAGUCAAUCCAUUUCGUUGGUACAACAGUCUGGAUUCUCAUUGGAAAUUACACAGUACCAAGAGAGAGAACCUGUAUUAGUAAGAGCUUCUCCAUCUUGUUCUGUGGAUGUAACAGAACGGGCAGGAAGUUCUUUACAGUCUCCAUUGCUUUCUGCUGAUCUUACAACAGCUCAGACACCUUCAGAGUUUUUAGCCUUGACUGAAGAUUCUGUGUCUGAAGCGGAUGCAUUUCCUAAAAGUGGAAGCAUGGCAUCCCACUGUGACAACUUUGGCCACAAUGAUUCUACCUCUCAGAUCUCUUCCAAUCCUGCUGCUGUUACAAAGACAACAAUAGACCUUAUGGGAACUGUUCCCUGUGCAAUUAUGUCUCCUGGAAAAUACAGAUUAGAAGGCCGGUGUAGCACUGAAUCUAAUUCCUUAUUAGAAACCUCUGCUGCUAAUCAGAAGGAAGUGUUAUUGCAAAUCACCGAACUACCUGUUAUGAAUGGGAACAACUCAGAGACUCACCUAUCAGGAGAUAUACAAAGAGAAGAACAUAUGGUAGUACAAAAUGGUGAAACAAUGUUGGCGACAAGCUCCCCAAGGAAACUUGGAUUUUAUGAGCAACAUAAAGCAAUAGCUGACCGUGUUAAAGGGAUUCAUCCUGUUUCAGAUUCAAGGAUAAUACCUUCUUCUGGUGAUCAUCAUAUUUUUAACAAAACAGCCUAUGGAUAUGAGUCAAACCCUGCCAAAGUUCUUGCCAGUAGCUUCAGUCCAUAUCGUGAAGGAAGAUUUAUAGAAAGGCGACUGCGAUCCUCUUCCGAAGGAACUGCAGGGAGCAGCAGGAUGAUUUUGAAAUCAAAAGAUGGAAAUGUAGAAGAAGUGAGUAGUUUAAGAAAGCAAAGAGCAGGUUCAUCAUCUUCAAAAAUGAACAGCAUGGAUGUUUUGAAUAAUUUGGGAUCUUGUGAACUGGAUGAAGAUGACCUAAUGCUUGAUCUAGAAUUUUUAGAGGAACAGAAUCUUCAUCCUUCAGUGUGCCGGGAGGAUUCAUACCACUCCGUAGUUUCAUGUGCUGCUGUGGUUCUCACUCCUAUGGAACCAACGAUAGAAAUGAAGAAGAGAGAAGAACUAAAAUUUCCUGAACCUGCCAAACAGAAUCUUUCCCUGAAAUUAACAAAAGACAUUGAUCAGGAAGUCAGGUGCUCCCAUAUCAGCCGAAUGCCCAGCAGUCCAUCUGCAGACUGGCCCCUGCAAGGUGGGGAAGAAAAUGGAGGCCUCGAUUCUUUGCCCUUCAGACUGAUGUUACAGGACUGCACAGCCGUCAAGACGUUAUUAUUGAAGAUGAAGAGAGUCCUUCAAGAGAGUGCAGAUAUGAGCCCAGCAAGUAGCACCACUUCACUUCCUGUUAGUCCUCUUACUGAAGAGCCAUUGCCUUUCAAGGAUAUAAUGAAAGAUGAAUGCUCACUGCUGAAGCUGCAGCUAAAAGAACGGGACGAACUCAUCUCCCAACUUCAGGAAGAGCUGGAAAAAGUCCAGCAUUUACAGAAGGCUUUUGCUUCAAGAGUAGAUAAAUCCACACAGACUGAACUUCUAGGCUAUGAUGGUUUGAACCUGAAAAGACUGGAGGCAGUACAGGGAGGGAGAGAGCCUACAUAUCGAAAUCGAAUUGUGAGCCAAAGUCUCAGCACAAGGGACAGAAAAGCAAUGCAUACUCCCACCGAGGACCGUUUUAGAUACUCAGCAGCUGAUCAGACAAGCCCCUACAAAAGCAAGACCUGUCAACUAUCAAGUCUCUGUUUAAGUAAUUUCCUGAAGGACAGGGAACUAGUGGAAGUUAUAAAACACUCCAGAGGAACUUAUGAAACCCUCACAUCAGAGGUCACCCAGAAUUUACGGGCUACGGUAGGGCAGAACUCUCUGAGGCCAACAGUUAAGACGGAAGGCCCCUCCAUGUUCUCAGAGAAACCAAAGGACCAAGCUGCUGUGACCCGACAGCAUUCAACUUUUACAGGACGGUUUGGACAGCCACCAAGAGGGCCAAUCUCUUUACACAUGUACAGCAGAAAGAAUGUUUUUCUUCACCACAAUUUACACACCACUGAACUGCAAACUCUAGGCCAGCAAGAUGGAUAAUUAAAUCACCCUAUUCCUGUCUCUCAGUAGGAUAAGGAUGGUUAGUGUUUCUCGUGCAUAGCUCAUGUUUAAAUUGUCAUAUCCUUACUGCUUUUUUAGUUAUAAACAAAUUGUGCACUUUUUUUUUUUUUUUUUAGAAUGAGGGUUCAGGCAUGUUAAUUGAAUUAGGUUGGAUAGCCUUGAAGACUUUAUUAUAUAUGUGUAUAAUAAAUGAGACCAUCUUGUUGGUUUAUAUAGACCAUAGUUUAUUUAUCUUUAUCAGUCACUGAUAUGCAUUGAAAUUUCAGAAGGUAAUAUCAAAUAGCACUCUGUUCACUUAAUGGUGUUACUGUGAAAAUAGACGUGAGGAAUAAAUAGAUAAAGGAACUGUAAAGAAUUUUAAAUUACAUAGUUAAUAGAAGGAGAAGAAAAAGAAGGGUUUGAAAGUCUUAUAUUUGAUGUGUAUUUAUUUGAAGAAUGAAGCUUGCUUGCAUGUAACCUAGAGGUGCAUCUGUCUCUCUAUUACAUACAUUCAAGCUUAUCUUGCCAUACUAUUAAGGGGGAAAUGGCUAUUUCUUUUAUCCUCUAAAUGUUUAGUUCACACUGGUUCACAAAGGAUUUCAGACUGAGUAAUUGCUAUCCAAAUAGAGAAUGACAGCUCUGAUCUUUGAAAAAUUUUGCUUUCCAUUUUGCUAUGGAUGUUGAAGUAGUAGGACAUAACACAUUGAAGUGGUAAAGUUGGGUGAGUUUUGUCAAAUGAUGCAUAAAGCAUGACAUGUUAUAUUCUGAGUCACUCUCAUGGCAAUAUCAGCAUUUUUUUUUUUUAAUCUGAAGGAUAGGUCAUUCUAAGAAAACUGUUUUAUUUCACUUUCCUUGUAUUUUUAACAUUUUCACUUAUUUUUAUGUAUGUCCAAUUUCUCUCACUAUAUAUCAAUUGUUCUACAUGAGGAGUUGAGGAACAGAAAGUCAGUUUCUUGGUAGCCCAGUAUACAUGAUUCUGACAACUCAGUCAUCUAGAUUUAGAAGAAAAAACAAAUAUAUGUGAACUUCGGCAGUUCGGUCUUAGAAAUAAAUCUCACAGAAAUGCUCGGAACGCAUUCCACAGGAAAGAUUUCUCUUUAACAAACAAGGCCUAAUAUAUUUUAUACAUAAGUACACACAAGAUAGAUCAAUGAAUCUAAAUAAUUUCCUUAUGUUUAAUUAAUAACAGAACUGUAUGCAGCUGUAGAACUAACUAAAUAGUUUUAAAAUAGUAAGAAUCAGGACUGCAAUUUUCUUAUACAGUGAUAAAAGCUCGUUACUUUAUCCACAUUAGGCAUCGUCCCUGCAAAUGGAAAUUGUCAUACCUACUGCAUGGUUUGUUUCCCUUGCAUUCUCUAACAGACAGAAUCCAUCGGCAUGUACAAAUGAAACGAAUAAAGGGAAAUUGAGAUAGCAGUUUUAGCAUGGCAUCUGAAUAAUCUGCUUAAAUUAAAGCUGUGAAUGAAAUGCAUCUCUUAAUACAAAAUGGAUUUAAGCUCUAUCCUUUGGGGAAAAGCCAUUAAAUUUCCCCCCAGCUUUAACAAUUAAACUUUGCUCCAUUUUUACACUUGAAUUAGAAUUGGUAAGGGUCAAGAGCCUAAUGGAAAUGCUUUACUUUUAAUUUUGGUUUUCUGAAGGAAGGCACAUGUGUGUCAAGACAAAUAUUUAACAAAUGUUUUCUUUGUGUGUUUGUAAUUCUGUCAAAAGUGGACACUACACACAGAAAUUUGCUUGGCUUAAUGAGACUGCUAUCUAAAAUUCCCACUCUACUUUAGAUGCUAUUAUAUUCAUGCAGAUACACAUUUUGGGCUGGGCAAUAUUUAAGAAAUGAUAGAAAAACUAUGAUUAUUAAUCGUAGAAUUCAGCUUCAAUUGUCCUGAAUGUUGGUGUGUGUUGCUAGAGUUUUGAAGUCUGUAAAUAAAUUAGCACGAUCAAAUAAUCAAGGAUUUUUUCCCAGGAUAUGGAAGAACUAUGUAUCACAAAUAAUGUUUUUGAUUUGGACUUUUGGAGUUUAUAGUUUUGUUUUCCUGAAAGAUAGACUUUUGAAUUAUGCUUUGUAAAAAUAUAGUCUAUUUAAGAAAAUCUGUCAUUUAAUAGACAUUUUAAGAGAUGUUUUAAACACUAGUAUUUUCUUGAAAAAUCUUUUUUAAAGCUGAAACAUUCAAAAAGAAAACCUGGAUUCAACAGUUCAAUUUUAAAAGGAGGGGUAUUUUUUGGAAAUAUCAUCUUAAAAGCUGUUUUGUAUCAGUAUUUUCAGCAUUGUUAUAAUAUUAUUUGUAAUACUAAGUGUAACUCAGGCCUGGAGAAGUUGUAAGCCCACUAUGCUAGUGUACAUCAGUAACUGUAAACCUGGGGAUCUUUGUAAGUUCCUCUUGUGUAUAUAUAAUAACUCAGAACAAUGGCAUGUGGGUAUUCUUUCAGCAAACUGAUUUCUUUGUACGAAAAUCUCUAGUUUUCUAAGGCAGUUCCAUGUAUAAAAAUGAUUUAUACAUUUCUCCAAGGCGGUACAUAUCCAAAGACACGACACCAGGGGGAAAAAGUGCUUGUUUUUCUGAGGGAAGCAGUUGUCUUUUCUUUCCCUUCCUCUUUCUUCCGUGCAUGUGUGUGUGUGUGUGUGUAGCUAAGCCGAAGCAACCCUGUAAAAUGUCUGCUGCAAAUAGUCUCUUCUCAAUUUCAAAUGUGUUUUAAAGGACACUUAAGAAGAGAUAUUCCUCGAGGAAAAGCUGUUUCCACCUGAAAUAAACUGUUCCUGUUUUUGUAAUUAUUGGAACAUGCAACUCUUUCUAUGAACUCAGUGAUUUUUUUUGACUAAUUUUAUAUGCUAACAGAGUCACAGCAAAAUUAUGAAGUAUCUCUCCAACUAUUUUUGCUUCUUUGGAGCACCACCGUCUUUGUGCAAAUGACGCUCUGAAACCGUAGCUGCAAAAAUGCUCAAGGUAUGAAUCUACAGAUAUCCAUAUGCUCAGGGUAAGAACCUAGAGCCACCCAUUAUUCUACUUGUUAUUACCAUUUAUGGAUUGAGAUAUAAAUAAAAUAGCAAGCCUCUAGUCGCCAUUAAACAUUUGUAGACAUUCCCAUACUCCCCAAGCUUUAAAUGUUUGCAAAUGGUCCUGAUUAAUCUGGGUUUCUAAUCUGUGUUUUCCAAGGCUUUAUCCAAUCAAGGGUCAUUAUUUCCAGAGUGUUACUAAAUUCAAAGGAAAUGUCAUUUUAUUUAUUUAUUUAUUUUGCUUUGUGUGUGUUUGAGACAAUACCUCCCCCUGAAGAGUUGGUAUUUUUAAGUUAUCAUAUAUUUACAGACUACCUUCCCAAGAUAAGUGACCACAUUCCACUUGUCCUCCUGAGAACUAUCUUAGUAAUUUAGUUGUUGAUGGAACAGUAAGAGCAAUUUACUGAGUGGCAGGUAGUGUUGUUCCACAUUCAUUAUCACCUUUCCCAUUAUCAAAAAGUGGUAAUCCAAUACAAUGAGAACCUUGGAAUACAGAGUGUAAUUUUAUAAUUAAUCUUAUAAUCUCAAUUUGUCCCACAUUUUUACCUUCAGAAUUAUACAUUCUGAAUAUCUAUAGCUUCAAAGCGGCCCUAAAAUUCUAUGUGGUUCAAAGGGGAAUAAGAAAGGUGCUGUCUGCAAUUGCAUCCAUGUAACUGAAUCACAUUCCCCAUGGCUGAGGCUUUUCCCUGGGCGAUAGAUAAGUUUAAAGGCAGCACUGAUUCAUUUAUACUAGGAUUUUAGUUGCAUUCUGGGACUUGAAUCUAGGCACUGUUCUCACAUCUAUUUUGCAUCUUCUUUCUUUUUUUGUGUAAGAAACAGGUCAAUUAUACAUUGUAUAUUCUUUGGGAAUUUACACCUCCUGGAAUUUAACCUUUUUUUUUUUUUGUCUUGUUCAUUUUCCAGGAGCUAACUUUGUCAUGCCAACUGUAGACUAUAUCUAAACAUACGGCAGGGAUGAUAGACAAUAUAAACUAUUUGGGAUCUUAUAAAAAGCUGAAUUAUACUGUGUAGAAAAGCAAACAGCCAAUUAUCAACCAAAGAAGCCUACUCUUCUAAUACACAUUAUCCCCAAAUUUUUAUUUUUCAAAUCUUAAUCUGUGCCAUGUUCUUUCACCAAUAGUUAGAACUACAAAAUAAACUAUUUACAAAGAAUUUGAUCUUGCUCAGAACCCAGCUAUAGUUCCAAGUAGUAUAGGCCAAAAACAAAAGUCAAAGAUACACCUUCCAAAAACAAAAGUCAAAGACACACCUUCCAGGUGUGUUACAUAUGGAAAAUUUUGAAUGAAGGUACUGUACCCUAUUUUAGACCCAGAGAGUUUCCCACAAACAUCUUGACACAAAUAAAAAAUUCCUAGUACAGAGUGGGUUUCUUCCACCUGAAUAAGUGAUCUAGAAUGUGGGAUAUCGUGAUUCUUUCUAGAGAAGUUUCAAUGAAGUCCCUUUAACUUUACUGAUUUAAUUUAACAAAUUUACUUUCUCCUCCUGAACAUAAAAUUCAAGAAAAGGAGGUUCUAUGUCUUACCACCCUUUCUAAACAUUACCUUGUUGCUUUUGUAAACUCAGAUAACAUAACAAAAUACAAUAGACUGGGUGGCUUACUCAAUAGACAUUUAUUUCCCAUAGUUCUGGAACAUCCAGAACUAUCCUCUAGUCUCCUCUAGUCGCAAGUGCAAGCAGUUCCUGGCUUGCAGGUAACUGUGUCAUUUUCACUAUGCCUUCCUCUCAUAAGGCCACUAAUCCCAUUACAUAGCCCCAAUAUCAUGACUUCAUCUAAACCUAAUUAUUUUCCAAAGGCCCCACUUCCUAAUACCAUCACAUCGGGGUGAAGGCUUCAAAAUAUGACUUUAGGGGGAACACAAAGAUCCAUUCCAUAGUAUUAAUUUUCAUCUUAUAACUACCUAAUAACUUUGCUAUUUAUUUACACAUUUCAUAAAUGAGAUCAGAAAGAUAGGUAAUUUCCCAAGGACACACAACAUGUAUGUGGACCUGGAUUCCAUAAUCGUUGAUCUUUUCUUUUACUAUGCUACAGAGUAGGCUCCACCUAAGGAAGCCUCUAGAGUAGGCUCCCUACUAAACAAGGCUCCAGAGUAGGCUCCCAGAGUGGCCUGUGAUCCCAAGGAAGCAGAGUGACUCAAGCAAAUAUGUGCUUCCUCAUUCUCCUUUACUUACUAUUCCAUUGAUACUGCUAGGGAAGAUCUUACAAGCAAUGAUCUAUUUUAGCAAAAAAGCUAUUCAAAAGCAUUUUUUUAAAAAAAGUAUUGAUGUUUAGAUCAAUAAAUAAAGAAGCCUGAGAGGAAAGUACUUAUUGUAUUUCAAGGUUGUCUCCUGGAAAAUCUGACAUACUAAAUUUCUUUUUUUGAAGGCAAUUGGAAAAAACACUGAUGUAAUUUCAUGUUAUAUAUUUUUUUAAAGGAGAGGCCCAAGAAAGUGUCUAACAUAAGGAAAACAUACAGUAGAUGAAAAAUAAUGUAGUUAACAGAUUAUCUUAUUUCUUUCCUUCAUUUUUUGAGGCUAUUGAUAUAGUAUCAUUGAAUUUUGUACUUUUGUUUUGCCUUAUAUACAUCUAAAAAACAAGAUCUUUAGUUUGGAUAUUUCUAUGUAGGGACAAAAAUUACAGCUCAUUUAAAGUUUCUUAAAUAUUUGGAAGGAAUUAAAAUAAAAUGGAAAAUGUAAAUUUAUUCUUCCUAAAUUUUAAAUAAUAUAUGCUCUGUGGUUAAUCAUAUACCUAAAUAAUGGUCUGAAUAAUAGAUAAUCCUCUUGUUAGUCAUCUCUUCCAAAAUCUUUAUCAGGAAUGCAAAAUAAUUCGAAUAUUAGCUACACCCUAUUUUUAGAGGGAAAAGAAACUAUUUGAUGUAUUCUAAUAUACAUGGAUCUGAGAUGAACAGCAUAACAAUGUGUUUUAUCCUCUAAAACUAAAAAUUUAGUGAAAAAGAUAAUAACAAGUUACUCUAGAAAUUAUAAUUUUUAGUAAUAUUGAAUGCCAUCGUAUAACUUCUUUUGUGGCUCUUGAUUUCCCAAUAAGGGCGGUGAUUUUAUUUAAUGGAAAUUUCACCAUUUGACAACUAUUCUGAGAAAAAAAUUGAUACACUUAAGCAUGGUGAUUAAAAAUAUGCAUAAUUCCUGUGCAAAAUAAAAUUUAA